UCCCUAUGUUUGCUUUUAUUGCUUUUACAUAAAGAGACAGGUAGUUUGUGACUUUUAAUAUUCUUAAGAAAGGUGCAAAACUUCUCAUAAGAAAAAUGGAAGAGUACGAAAUGAACCCUUUCGCUAAUAUGCUGCUUCAGCAUCAAAACACAGAGCUAAAGGAAGAAACGUUGAAUUAUAAUAUCCCGCAUACUACUAAUGAGAUUUACAAUGAAGAUUCUGUCAUAAACUUUCAAAACAGUCAAGAAGAAAAUCUUCUAAUUAAACAAGAGCCGGUGACAAAUUUUGAUUUGAAUAAUGAAGGAAAUUCAGAAGUUAAAACUAACGAUAGUGUCGUUUUGGAUGAUAUCCAAAUAUACCAAAAUUUGAAGAAUAAAAAUGAUGAAACGUAUAAUGAAAUAUCAAUUGUCCCCAAAGAAAACCAAUUACCAAAAAAGAAAGGGAGACCAAAAGGAACGCCAAACAAAAGAAACAUUCCAAAAUCGAAGCCUUCUAUGAAAAAAAGUCCUGCUGCUUCUUCUGAUAGAUUACCAAGGAUGAACCCAAAUGUACAUAAAAAAGGUUUAAGUGCAGAAGAUUCUGAAGAAUUGAAAAAGUUGGACAGUUUCUUUCAACUUGGUGUUUGUUUUAAGAUUGCGCCAGAACUUGACCAAUGCAAAGAAUGUUUUAAACGUACAGAGAUCAAACGUCCGAAACGUCACAGACGUCAAGAAGUAAAAGGUGAAGUCGAUUGCCGUUUUUAUCAAUUCAGAAAACUUCGGUACAAUGGAGACAAGAUUGAAGUAUUCGGCUUCUUACAUCCUGAAACUGAUCCAAUCGAAGUAGAUAAAAAUGUUUGGCUUGUUAACUCUGAAAAGUCAAAAAAAAGUAAAAAUUUAUCAGCUCAAAAUGCUCGAUUAAUAUUAACCCAUGUUGGUGAUGAGCUUUGCAAUUUGAUAGAAAACGAAAAAAUUUAUCUCCAAAAAUAUAAGUCAGAAGAAAAGGAGAUUAUUUGGAAGAGAUUAAUUGUUGGAGUUGUCGAAAUCUGUGACCUGUGUUCAACUACUUUGUUUAACUUUCAUUUUAUAUGCACCAAAUGCGGCUUAUCACUUUGCGUGGAUUGUGUAACUGAAUAUGGAGAAAGAGAUUUCGAAAUUUCAUGUUCAAAUAAAUCUCGAGACACACAUAGCUUUAAUGAUUUAUCACUCACACAAAUAAUUGUUGGUGAUUGUAUGGAAAAACUUCAAAAACAGCUUCAUGAUUCUUGUAAAUUAUGGAAUGUUAAACAUGACUGUACCUGUAAAAGCUAUGAAUCAACAUCAAUUGAACAAGCUACCAAAAAUCUUGUUAAAAAUCUCAUUUAUGAAAUGGAAACAGGUAAAUCAGUGAUUGGACGUGAGCUACCCCACCAAAACUGUACGAUAGAUGUCGAUUUCAAGAAAAUAGAAAUUGAAAAGCCUGAGCCUAUUGAAGAUAUAAACGAAGCCUUCGAUGAUUAUUUCAACAAAACAAAAACUAAUACAAAUCGACAAAAAUAUUGUAAGCCGAUAAAACAUUACACAAGUUUAAAAAAGGAAAAUGUUAUCAGCAUUUCAAGAAGUAUGUGCCAAACAUUUUCGAAUAUUUUAUAUCCAGAUGUUCCUCAUAAAUGGCUUUGUGAAAAUAAAUUGCUACGUCUCUUGGAACCUCUGCAUCCUGGAAACGAGUCUUUCUUUCAUGGGCAAUGGCAAAGAGGACAACCAGUCAUUAUUUCAAAUAUCUUAGAUCAUCUACAAAAAGAUCUUUGGAUUCCUCAAGCAUUUUCAACUGAGUUUGGACAUGAAAGAUCCGAUUUUAUAAAUUGCAUGAAUGGUAAUUUAGUGUUGAAUCGGGAAAUUUCAUCAUUUUGGGAUGGUUUUGAGAAUGUAGAAAAACGUUUGAAAGAUAAUGAAGGAAAGGCUAUGCUUCUUAAAUUGAAAGACUGGCCUCCUGAUAGUGAUUUUAAAAAUAUUAUGCCAUCAAGAUUCAAUGAUAUUAUGAAAAAUCUUCCAUUGAAUGCAUACACAAAUCGAACUGGUGAUUUGAACAUUGUGAAAUAUCUUCCAAAUUGCUUUUUACAUCCUGAUCUUGGCCCUAAAGGAUAUUUUGCUUAUGGAUCUCCUUUUUUUCUUAAAGAAGGCACAACAAAUCUUCAUCUUGAUGUGUCAGAUGCUGUUAAUGUAAUGUGCUAUGUAGGAUUUCCACGUGACAAAAAUAUAACAAUUGAUGAAUAUGUUGAACAAGGAUUCAAAGCAAUUUUAGAAGCAGAUUGUGACAUUUCAAAUAUUAAUCGUGUUAUAAAAGACGGAGAGAUUCCUGGUGCCAUUUGGCAUAUCUACGAGGCAUGUGAUGCUGAUCGUAUACGUGACUUCCUUUUAAAUAUAGCACAAGAAAGAGGAUUCAAGGUUGAGGAAAAUCAUGACGUGAUCCACGAUCAAAAUUGGUACUUAGAUGGAAUGUUGAGAGCUCGACUUUACAAAGAAUAUGGUGUAAGAGGAUAUGCAAUUGUUCAAUGUCUAGGAGAUUGCAUCAUUUUACCAGCUGGUACUCCGCAUCAAGUUCGAAAUAUUUAUUCAUGUAUUAAAAUAGCCGAAGAUUUCGUAUCACCGCAACAAGUAGCUCAUUGCCUUCAUUUAAGCAAUGAAUUUCGUAAACUUACAAAGACGCAUACAAACAACGAAGAGAAGUUAAAUAUUAAAAAUGUAGCUUACCAUUCAUGUAAGGAAGCAUUAGCAGCGCUUGCAAAUUUGGCCAACAAGAAAAACAGUUACUAUAAAUAAUUGACGCAAGAUCAUAAAAACCAAUUUCAAAACGUUGGGAAAGUGUUUUUUAUUUAUUUUUUUGACUAUUUGAAACUUAAAAAUGACUAAUAAAUAUAGAUCAAUUCCUGACAUUAAUAAAAAUUUAGAUAAACAUUAUUUUUACAAUGUUAUUUGCUAUACGUAGAAAUCCGAUUCAAGAAUAUGACAAAUAAUCACAAUAUAGAACAUCCUGAUUAUCAUCUUAAGUCAUAAAUUUAAUUUAUGUUUGAUGAUAAAAAUUAAAAUAACGAUAAUUUUUUUGCAAAUUAAUAAUGAAAUCUUUCGUGAUAAAAAUUUUAGCGGUCGACUAUCAUGGUAGUCCACCUUGUACUGGUUGAUCAACCCGUAGAUUUAAUUUCUCUUUAAAACGGCUUUGAAUUUCUUUCUUUGUAUUCAAAAAUAUCUCCUUAUCUGCACCUGCUCGAACUU